GGACCGCAAGCCGCUCAAGCUCUCGCUUGUGGGCAAGUGGGCUCCGCGCGAGCACUCAGCCCACGACGCGACCGCCUCCAAGCUCGCGGUACUGCUGUACGGCAGCGCGAACAAGGCGGCGGCGCGGCGCAAGUACCGGAAGCUCGUCUCGGCGCUCAACGCGGCGCUCGGGACGACGGAGGUGCUCAUGGCCGCCAAGCGGUGGGCCGAAAUCCGCUUCGCGCACGUCGCGUCGACGUGCCUGGCGCGCCAUCGCAAGGCGUUCCUCAACGAGCGCCUCCGCGAGGUGCCGUCACGCGCGCAGGCUGAGACGGGCAACCGCCACCCUCGCGACGCGGCUCGCGUGGCGGCGCGCCGCCACCUGCGCGCACAAAUGGCGAGCAAGCGCGGCGUCAAGGGGCGCGCGCUCUCGGGGCCGCACGAGAUCGUCGCGCGCUGCAUGAUCCACAUGGAGCAACAGAUGGUCAUGGCGGCGCUCGGCGACGACAUGGACUACGACAGGCGCGGCCUCAUGUCGGAUGCCGAGGGAGAGCUCGUAGAGGCGCAAUGGGCCGACAUGCGCGACGGCGUGCGCGCGUCGCUGCUCAAGGCGGAGGAGCAGCGCGCGCGCGCGGUGCUUGCCGCCGCGGCGCCGGCGGCGGCGGCCGUCGGUGGCGGCGACCUCGGCGCGCUGCGCUCCACGCUGCGGCGGUGCGGCGUCGACAUGGGCAAGGUGGUGGCGCUCGUCGACGUGAGCGGCUCGAUGACCGGAGCUCCGAUGGAGGCGGCGAUCGGGCUGGGCAUCCUCACGAGCGAGCUGGCGGCGCCCGCCUUCCGCGAUCGGGUGCUCACCUUCGAGGCGAAGCCUCGGUGGGUCGACCUGAGCGGGUGCGGCUCGCUGCGGUCCAAGGUCGAGGCGUUGGCCGCGGCGCCUUGGGGCGGGUCGACGGACUUCGCCGCGGCGUGCGAGCACAUCCUCGCGGCAGUGCAAGCGGCACGGCUGUCGGCGGACGAGAUCCCCGACCUGCUCGUGCUGAGCGACAUGGCCUUCGACGAGGCGCACGGCGAGGGCCAUGUCGCGUCGUGGGCGACGCACCACGAGCGGCUGCAGCGACGCUUCGCCAAGGUGGGCGUCGCCGUUUGUGGACAGCCAUACCCGCCGCCGCGGAUCCUGUACUGGAACCUGCGCGCGGCGGGCGCAGGCUUCGCGGCGGCGGCGGACGCGCCGGGCACACAGCUGCUCUCGGGCUUCUCCCCCGCGAUGAUCAAGCUCGUACUCGCCGGUCACGAGCUGGUGCUCGAGGAGGAGACGCUCGUCACCGCCGAAAGGCGCGGCGGGCCGACGCCGCUGCAGACGCUGCGCGCCGCGCUCGACGACGCCGCCUUCCACCCGGUGCGCAGCGCGCUGAGCGCGCUGCCCAUUGGGCCGUUGGCGGCGUACCGCUGGCCGCCGGCGGAGGGAGGGCGCGAGCCCGAGGAGGAGGCGGCGGAGGAGGAGGACGGCUUCGAGCUCGUGGGCGCCGAGGAGUGUGUGCGGGUAAAGUCCUGUGAAUAAUAGGCUGUGAAU